GCCGCCCCGAGGCCGCGGCGAGGGGCGGGCGGGCGGGCGGUGCCUCGGCCGGGGCCCGCAGGCUGCCGGCCCGGCGCGGUCCCUCCUGCCCGGGCUGAUGGGAGUUGUGGUCCGCGGCGGCGGGAGCGAAGCGGAGCGGAGCGGCGGGGAGCGGCGCGGCGGCCCCGCACGGCGCGGUGCGGGCAGCAGAGCCUCCCUCCAGCGCUGCCUCUCAGGAUGAUGGUCCCGGGACCACCGGUGGGGACCCUCUGGGCACGUCACUGCUGACCCCCCGGCCCUUCCCGGGCGCUGCUGCUGCUGCUGCUGCCCGUGCUGGGCUCCCGCGCGUGCAGGGCAGAGCCGCAGCCCCGCUUCCCCAUGGCAGCCCCAGCGCCACUGCAUGGUGUGGGUGCCCCCGAGGCCCUCGAGCACUGACCGCCGGGCCCCGCUGCGCACCCCUGCGCCCCGCUGCACCACCAUGUCCAUGGAGUGGCUGCUGGACUGGAGCUGGUCCCUGGACGGGCUCCGGGAUUUCAUCGCCACUGGCAUCCAGUCUUUCCGGGAUUGCGACGCCACGGCCCUGGCCGCGGUCGCCUGCCUGCUGGUGCUCUUCAUGUGGUACUGCUACCACGUGGGGCGGGAGCAGCCCCGCGCCUACGCCACCGUCAACGCCCUGAUGCAGAGCGCCGAGGCCAACGGCGUGCAGAACGGGUUCGUGUACUGCCACUCGCCCGAGUGCGCGCGCUGCACGCACCACGACGGCCUCAACCAGAAACUCUACCACAACCUGCAGGAGUACGCCAAGCGCUACUCCUGGUCCGGCAUGGGCAGGAUCCACAAGGGCAUCCGCGAGCAGGGCCGCUACCUCAACAGCCGUCCGUCCAUCCAGAAGCCAGAGGUCUUCUUCUUGCCGGACUUGCCCACCAUGCCCUAUUUCUCCCGGGACGCUCAAAAGCACGACGUGGAGUUGCUGGAGCGCAACUUCCAGACCAUCCUGUGCGAGUUUGAGACCCUCUACAAAGCUUUCUCAAACUGCAGCCUCCCGCAAGGAUGGAAAAUGAACAGCACGCCCAGCGGGGAGUGGUUCACCUUCUACCUGGUGAACCAGGGCAUGUGCGUGCCCAGGAACUGCAGGAGAUGCCCACGGACGUACCGCUUGCUCGGGAGCCUUCGCACCUGCAUUGGCAACAAUGUCUUUGGGAACGCGUGCAUCUCCGUGCUGAGCCCGGGCACCGUCAUCGCCGAGCACUACGGACCCACCAACAUCCGCAUCCGCUGCCACCUGGGUCUGAAGACACCCAGUAACUGCGAGCUGGUGGUGGGGGGUGAGCCCCAGUGCUGGGCUGAGGGCCGCUGCCUGCUCUUCGACGACUCCUUCCUGCACACGGCGUUCCAUGAAGGUCCCCCGGAGGAGGGUCCCCGCGUGAUCUUCAUGGUGGACCUGUGGCACCCCAACGUCGCCGCCGCCGAGCGCCAAGCCCUCGACUUCAUCUUUGCGCCGGGACGAUGACGGCGCCGGCCGGGGCGGUGGGUUCAAGGGCGGCCGGGCCAGCUCGGCGCCGGCACCGGCUGGGAGCUGCCUCCCGGCGCGCGGCCUCGGGGGCCUCGCUCCCGCGGGCUCUUGUAAAUGGAAACUGCGACGUGUAUCCGCGCCCAUCCUUCCCCUCCAUCGUUGGCUUCAGGGAUUCUUUUCCGCCGUGAGAGCGCAUCGCCUUCCCUCCGUGGUUUAGCUGCAGCACCACUCUCCUACGUGUUAUGUUGCUACUGUGUUUUGCGGUGUUCAGAAGUAGAGUAACAAAGCCAAGGGUGUUCGUUUGAAUGUGAUGAUGUAAAACUUCUCGUGGCCAUCAAACAAAAACCCAACACGCACACACACCAAAACAGCAAACCAGGCACCAGCCCAGCCCUGGCCUGGCCACAGUCCCCGGGUGGAUGGACGGAUACUGAGGGCUACAGGGGUCAUAAGGCACUCCCCUGGGCAGGGGCUGCUCAGCCUGGGGUGGAUGGGGCAGUCACCAUGACCCCCAGGGCUCCUGCUUCCUCCUCCUCACAUGGAGUCUUGCUCCUCAAUCUGAACCGAGGGUGUUAUCAAUUACCUAAAUCCCUUCCUCGCUUUAUCUGCAACCUUCGGCUGUCACAGAUGGAGCUGGGAAGCCCCUGCAGGGGCAGGAUGCUGUUUGGAAUGUGGAGCAGGGCUUUUGUUUGUCCAUAGACUAAGGCUGGGGAAGAAAGGAGAUCAGCUUCCUUCUGCUGCUCCAUCUUCUGCUUUCCUCAAGCCAGAAUGAGCAUACAGAGGCAGCUCACACAGACCUGACAGCAAAGGAAAGGUUUCCAAAGGCAGAGGCCCCAGUGUCCUGGGCACCCACCAACCAACAUGCUUCUCCCAAAGUCCCCCAGCACCCGGGGUGUGUUUGGGGGUCUCGGGGUAUGGAGCCACCACAGGGUUUAUAACACAGCACCCCUGAAGCAGCCUGCGAUGCUCACCCCAUCCUGCGCCUCUGCCCGGGAGGCGGCUCCAGGACCCUGCGGGGAGGGAACGCAGCCCCUUCCCAACACGGUUUCUUUGCAGGUUUUUCAGUGAUUGGAUGCAGGAUAAGGCAAAGAUUUCAAAUACAUCCGGGAUGUUUUUUACACCUGUCUUGUUACAGACUAUCUGAUGUGCAUGAUUUCUACACGCAUCGACUGCCCGGCCCCAGACCCUGCGGGAGCCGGUCACUGGCUUAGGGUUUGGGACCAUUCAUACAGUGGUGGAUAAGCAAAGAUUAUCAAUAAACAGUUGUGCUGAAA